GCUGUCGCCAAUUCUCACCACCAAAACCAAACACCAACACCGUCGCCAUGCCUCACUCGUACGGUCUGCGUGCCGGCACCCGGUAUGCCUUCAGCCGCUCCUUCAAGGAGCACGGUAUGAUCCGUCUGUCUACCUACAUGAAGACCUACCGUGUUGGCGAUAUUGUCGACAUCAAGGUUAACGGUGCCGUUCAGAAGGGUAUGCCCCACAAGGUUUACCACGGUAAGACCGGUGUCGUCUACAACGUCACCAAGUCCUCGGUCGGUGUCCUCCUCUACAAGCGCGUCGACAACCGCUACCUCGAGAAGCGCAUCAGCGUCCGUAUUGAGCACGUCCAGCACUCCCGCUCCCGUGAGGAGUUCAUCAACCGUGUCAAGGAGAACGCCCUCAAGAAGCGUGAGGCCAAGGAGAAGGGCAUCCACGUCCACCUGAAGCGCCAGGCCGUUGGUCCCCGUGAGGGCCACCUGGUCUCCCAGGCCGGUAACGCCCCCGAGACCGUUGUCCCCAUCGCCUACGACACCCACAUUUAAGGGACUCGCAUGGAAAAUGGGUCUUUGGGUUCGGUGCGCGUGGUUAUUCGGUGUUAUUUGAGAACUGGGUUUACGUCGCUUUUUCACGCCGAAGUGGCUGGAACUGGACUUGGGCUGCAUGAGACGACGCGUGAAGGGUCUCAUGCCCUGGCACAUCUCAGGCCUGUGCAUAGAUUCCCCUGAAUGAAACAAAAAUCAAAAAUUUCCGAGUUCAUCUGAAUCUUACGAUUUAUGAAAUUUU